AUGGCGAAGCGAGAACGCGAAGACUCUGCUGCCCAAGUCGCAGCCGCCUUCAAGCACGCGCGCGUGGCCGCAUAUCAAGCCGACGAAGAUGGGGACGACGCAGUGCAGGCAGCGUCGGCCGCUCCCCCGAGCAAGCUCAAGGGGGUUCGCUUCCCGGUCGAAAUCACGGUACUGCCACAUAUUUUGCGGCAGCUUGAAGACUUCCUGCUGACACCUGACGAAGCCAUGUAUGAGGCGGCAGCAAGUGGCCAAGUGGCCCGGGUGGAGGAGCUUUUGCACAGAUUUGACUGCAAGCUGCUGGACCCGUUCACACUUGCAGCGGGCAAUGGCCAUGUGGCAGUUGUUCAAGUGAUGCUACCCGAGUUGCUCAAGCCCCGGAGUGAGCCAGACCGUGACACGUGGGAAGCCAUACUCGACGGCUUCUUUGCUGCUGGGGAGAACGUGCACCUUGUUAUCCUGCUCGUGCUGCGGCCGUUCCUCACUAGAGCUAGGAAUCGCAAGAGGAAAUACGAGGCGUACGAAACAGCCACCCAUUUGUUGGAGAACGCAGCAGGCCAAGGCCAUCUCGGCAUCGUUCGGUUCAUGAUAACACACGCUACAUCGAUGUACGUGAACGGCAUGAAUGCAGAGGACGAGUCGUUGGCCCUCGAGAGAGCGAUCUCCGGCAAGCACAUGGACGUCGUGGAGUACCUGCUGAAUUUGGACGUGGCCGGGUUCCGUUUGGACUUCAGCGGCUCGUUCAGUGCCGCGCUCGACGCUGGGCUGUACGAGCUGGCGGACAGAAUCUAUGAUGUCUAUGCUCGAGCUCGCCCAAGGCGUAAGUUGCUUCAUGAGCUGGCACAUUACGAUUACGUGGAGGCCGUCAAGUACCUUCUCGGCAAGGGAAUCGGUCUACAUUUGGUUGACGCGUUAUUCGAGAAAGCCGCAAUGGGGUGUGCCGUCGCUGUCGUGGAGUUCUUGUGGAGUUCUUUCAAAUUGUCACCGGGACUUUUCGACCAAGUGUUUGAAAAAACUGCUACUACUGGAUGGAACAGACGCGAAGUGGUACCGAUUCUCUAUAAGAAGAAGCGCCCGGCUUCUCAGAUUGUUCUCAGAGUGAUUGGGCUUACGGGUAGUACCACCGUACUCAAACUCUUGCUUGAGAACGAGCCGAUACCAGAUGAAUCUAUCGUCGCCGCCUUUGAACGUGCAACUUCAAGCAACCUCCGACGCAAGACUAGAAUAAUCGAACUGCUGUACAAGAGGGAGUGCAUUUCGUCUGAACUUCUCACAAGGGCGCUUGUGGUGGCAGUAGUGCAAGGCAGCACUAAAGAUGUGGAAUUAUUGCGCGGCGACUCUCGUAUUCUGCCGCAAGUGGUGGACAAGACCUUCAUUGACGUGGCUCUGGGAGGGCGCGGCAGUCGGAUGAAGAAGCUGUAUGAAAGUCAGCUCGUUUCGCCUGAGGCAAUUUUCGAAGCAUUCAUCACCGCUGUUAGUGGCACUAAACGGCAAAACGUGACACAUCUCGCGAGCUACUUGUCGAACGGAACGCGUGUUCCGCAGCAUCUAAAAGAUUCCGGUUUCGUGUGUGCGGCAAGACAUGGGCAAAUGCAAGCGAUAGCAGCACUGAACCGAGAUGAAAAGGAAGAGUGGUCACUCGGCGUGCUCCAGGAGGCUUUGGAGGCCGCGCGAAAUAACUCAAUCAGGAACUACAUUCGCACAGUCACAUGCAAUCAACUAUUCAACCGACGAGUCCGAGGCCGCCUUGAAGCUGUGGCGAAGUUCUUGGCAGACUGGACUGAAGAAUCGAAGGCCGAGUAG